UGAACUUGGACAUGACGGUCAAUUUCAGCCGUUUACACUUGAUCGUAAAGGCAAUAUUGAAUAUUGAUACUAUCAUUCACAGCUGUUUUUAAUUGUGGUGCUACGUCGUGAUGUUUGCUUUCAAGGAGUGAUAAAUAUAUAUCUUCUUCAUUCUUGGUUGUCGCUGUCACGAUUAACCGGUGUCAAGAUGUUGCUAUCGAAAGGAGUAUCACUGAUUCUGAGGAAACCAUUCCAAGUUACUUCAACUCGCUUCUACAAAUCAUCAAAAGAAUUAAUCGAAAGUGGUGAGUCAGCCAUUACUAUUUCCUCCGAUGGAGCAGUUAUUAUAUGCUGGCAUCCUGCUAAAACUGUCCCUUAUGAAUGUACUAAACCUAUUUCACAUGACAUAAAUUCACUUCGUGCACCGACCUCUCCCUUAAAAAUCAAUAUGACGGAUUCACUGUCUGCAGAAUUUAAAGAACCUACUGUAGUAGAAUUAUCCAAAGCAUUUGGCGUUCCAUGGUUUCAUUUCCGACCUAGAAGAAGACAAAAAUCCUUUUCACCUUACUUUUGGGCUCCAAUUAAAGAACGAAACAGUUUGUAAAUUUCUUAGUAGUAGUAUGUAUGCUUUAAUUAUAAAAAGAAAACAACAAUAAUUCGUUUGCAUAA